AUGUCGUCAACUUCUAGAGUCAAAAGCUAUAAUUCAAAAAUCAAAAAGCUGAUUUUUAAUUCUAAUACAACUAUGUUAGAGCUUGUAGAAAAGUUAACAGCAUGCGUUCUUGAGGAAGAUAAAAAAACAGAAUAUGCAUUAUUUCGUACAUCAGUUUCCAAAGCUGCCUUAGUUGCAACAGCUGACACUAUUCUUCCAAAUGUCUAUAUUAAAAAUUCAGGAGAAUCAAAUAAAACAAUCGCUGCAGUAUCAUGGUAUAAUGAACCAUUUUUAGUUGCGCAAAAGUUUGAGACAGAACAAUCACUAGCAACAGGCUGCGAUAAUUCAGUUUCCUAUCUUAAUGCUUUAAUUUCGGGUACUAUGUAUGAAGUGCAGGAUGCAUAUCAUAAAAUUAUAGAUGAACGUAAAUUAUAUGGAGAAACAUGGAGUAAAGCUAGAGCAGCUUUAAUGGUGGCUGUUCGACAACAUAAUUACAAUUUUAUUAGCAUUCUUGACAAAUAUUUGAAUGAUUGUCAAGAAGAAAUAUCUUCUAAUAGUAACAGUGAGAUAGAUUCAAAUAGUGAAGUUGAGACUAGUACAACUAAAAAAGGAAUACUGGAUCCAAAAGAGCUAGUGAAUCCUUCUAAACGUAAAGGAAAAGGGCGACCAAAAGGUGAGCCACCUAAAAGAGCAAAGCAUAAAUUACAUUGUAAAAUUUGUGGAGGAGUUGGUCAUAAUUGGGCAACUUGUUCUCAAAGACAAAAGUAA